UGACAGGAAGACGAAGGCGUCAAGAAAACACGCCCAAUGGUUGUUCUUUCGGCUUCCGGGAUUUUUUUUUUUUUGUGUGCGAUAAACUUUAUUGACACGUGCUUGUUUGUUAUCACCAGCUGGGUUCUCAGUGCCCGGAAGCUGGUUCAUGUGACUGUCUAUCCUGCCCUGGUUUCUUGAAAGAACGACAGAUGCCGUAAAGUGGCGCGCUGUAGCCAUAGGAACAGUCAGCUGGUGUGCUGGGAGAUUAAGGGGGGUCGGUGAGGAGCAAGAGGAGAGAGGUUCAUACCGAGGGGGAGAGGAGUGCAGGAGGGCUGAAAAAUGACUGGAAACAGUCUGGUUCUUCCCAUUAUACUCUGGGGGCGCAAAGCUCCCACACACUGUAUAUCCAAUGUGUUGGUGAUGGAUGAUAUGAGCACCAUUAUAACAGGAUGCCAUGAUGGGCAGAUCUGCUUGUGGGAUCUCUCCCCGGAACUGGAAAUCAAUCCUCGGGCUCUUCUGUUUGGACACACGGCCUCCAUCACCUGCUUAUCUAAAGCAUCUGCGUCCAGUGACCGGCAAUAUAUCGUCAGUGCGUCUGAAAGUGGGGAGAUGUGUCUUUGGGAUGUAAAUGAUGGAAGAUGCGUUGAGUUCACUAAGCUUGCAUGUACACACACGGGUAUACAGUUCUACCAGUUCUCGGCUGGGACUCAGCGAGAGGGAAGGUUACUUUGCCAUGGACACUACCCAGAAGUCCUUGUUGUGGACGCCAGCAGUCUGGAUGUCAUGUACACACUGGUGUCAAAGAUCUCUCCAGACUGGAUCAGCUCAAUGAGCAUUAUCCGCUCUCACAGGACACAAGAAGAUACAGUUGUAGCUGUUUCAGUAACAGGAAUUCUCAAGGUGUGGAUCAUUACUGCUGAGGUCCACCGUAUGCAGGACACAGAGCCAGUGUUUGAGGAGGAAUCCAAACCGAUUUAUUGCCAGAACUGCCAAAGCAUUUCCAUCUGCGCAUUCACUCAAAGUUCUCUCUUGGUUGUGUGUGCUAAAUAUUGGAGGGUCUUCGAUGCUGGAGACUACACUCUGUUGUGUUCUGUCCCAAGUGAAGAUGGACAGAUGUGGACUGGAGGGGAUUUUAUUUCUGCAGAUAAAGUUAUCAUCUGGACUGAAGAUGGGCAAAGCUUUAUUUACAAACUUCCAGCUAGCUGUAUUCCUGCCAGCGAUUCAUUCCGAAUUGAUGUUGGGAAAGCAUUGGAGAAUUCUAUUCCCCCUUUACUGUACAGCGUCAUGCCGAAGGAGGACAAAAAGGGACUGGAGAGGUUUGACGUUGAAGCUGUAGUCCAGGUUCCAGCAUGUGAGCACCUGUCUGACCAAGCAAAAGUCUUAGAGCUGUACACGCCGCGGACUCUGCUUCACAUGCAGCCCCCUGAAUUCAUAGUACUGAUCUGCCCUCCGGUGACCAGGUUUUUCUAUGGACGUAGAGAACCCUUCCAUAAGCUUCUAAUUCAGGGGGAUUCAUCUGGGAGACUCAGUAUCUGGAGCAUACCUGAUGACCUCAACGAACAGGAAAACAUGGAAGGAUUAAAAAUCACAAUGACAACAUCUCUUCAGGAGGCAUUCGACAAGCUGACUCAUCGUCCUGCUGGGAUAAUUGACCAGCUCAGUGUGAUGCCAAACACAGAACCAUUGAAAGUUACUGCCAGUGUCUACAUCCCAUCCCACGGACGUCUGGUUUGUGGCCGAGAAGAUGGCAGCAUAGUCAUUGUCCCAGCCACGCAGACCGCCAUAGUCCAGCUGCUACAAGGGGAGCACAUGCUACGAAGAGGCUGGCCUCCACAUAGAACAUUGCGUGGACACCGGAAUAAGGUGACCUGCUUACUAUAUCCCCAUCAAGUGUCCUCUCGUUAUGAUCAGCGCUAUCUGAUAUCUGGGGGAGUGGACUUUUCUGUGAUCGUGUGGGACAUCUUUUCUGGCGAGAUGAAACAUAUCUUCUGUGUGCAUGGUGGGGAAAUCACCCAACUGCUUGUCCCACCUGACAGCUGCAGUACGCGAGUACAACACUGCAUCUGCUCGGUUGCCAGUGAUCACUCUGUCGGCCUCUUAAGCCUCCGAGAAAGAAAGUGCAUCAUGUUGGCUUCUCGCCAUCUCUUUCCCAUCCAAGUCAUCAAGUGGAGACCAUCGGACGAUUAUCUGGUGGUUGGCUGUUCAGAUGGUUCUGUCUACGUCUGGCAGAUGGAUACCGGUGCACUGGAUCGUUGUGUCAUGGGUAUCACGGCAGUAGAAAUACUGAAUGCUUGUGAUGAGGCAGUCCCUGCCGCAGUGGAUGCACUCAGCCAUUCGGCAGUCAACUUAAAACAGGCAAUGACCAGACGUAGUCUUGCGGCACUGAAAACGGUGGCACAUCACAAACUGCAAACUCUUGCUACCAAUCUCUUGGCAUCAGAAGCUUCAGACAAAGGGAAUUUACCUAAAUAUUCAAAUAACUCCCUAAUGGUGCAAGCAAUAAAGACAAAUGUAACAGACUCGGACAUACACCUGCUCUUCUUUGAUGUGGAAGCUCUAAUUAUUCAGCUCCUGACUGAAGAAGCCUCCAGGCCAAACACCGCACUUAUCUCCCCAGAGAGUUUACAAAAAGCAUCUGGCAGCUCUGACAAAGGGGGCUCUUUUCUGGGUGGUAAACGAGCAGCCGUGCUUUUCCAGCAGGUCAAGGAAACCAUCAAAGAGAACAUUAAAGAGCAUCUCCUGGAUGAUGAUGAUGAAGACGAAGAAGCCAUGCGACAGAAAAGAGACCAGAGCGACCCAGAGUACCGUUCUAGCAAGUCAAAGCCAUUAACGCUACUUGAGUACAACCUAACCAUGGACACAGCCAAGCUCUUCAUGUCAUGCCUUCAUGCCUGGGGCUUGAAUGCAACGCUUGAUGAGGUCUGCCUAGAACGCCUUGGGAUGCUUAAGCCGCAUUGCCCGGUAUCGUUUGGCCUACUCUCAAGAGGUGGCCACAUGUCUCUGAUGCUUCCCGGCUUUAACCAUAGUGUCUUUAAAGCAGCUGAUGAAAUCAUAGAAGUUGUGAAGAAAAUGUCAGUUACUGAAGGACUUGGAAAAGGCAAUUAUGGUGUGUCACGUGCUGUCACUACACAACAUCUUCUUUCACUUAUAUCGCUGGCCAACACACUCAUGAGCAUGACCAAUGCAACGUUCAUUGGAGACCACAUGAAGAAAGCCCCUCAAAGGCCUCCGAGAUCCGGCUCUCCAGAUUACACAAAGGUAAAGCCUUCCCCUCAGAGCUCCAGCAACGUAAUGCAAGGACAGAUAAAACAAGCUGUUGCUGCUGAUUCUUCUGCUCGCACUGACUUCGAUCCCUCUGGGUCUGAUCGCACUUUACAUUCCUGUUUCUCAGUCAAUGAAGGUUGGAGCCAGUUAGCUGCCAUGCAUUGUGUCAUGCUGCCUGAUCUCUUAGGCCUGGACCAGUUUAGACCACCACUUCUUGAGAUGCUGGCACGGAGGUGGCAGGACAGAUGUCUGGAGGUGAGGGAAGCUGCCCAGGCUCUGUUACUUGCCGAACUGCGACGAAUCGGGCAGUCUGGACGCAAAGACGCAAUUGAUUUUUGGGCGCCAUAUUUACCGCAAUAUGUUGAUACCAUUAUGUCACCUGGUGUGACAGCAGAGUCUAUUCAAGCUGGCAGCGCAAGCCCCGACUCGGGAGGGUCAGAGGUUAAAGUUCAAGAGGAAGAGCAUGACCUUGUGGAUGACGAUCUUGCAGCAGGUUGCCUUUCCAACCUUCCCCCAAUGAAGAAAGCAUUUCCAUCAUAUGAAGAGAGGAGGAAGCAAGCUACCGCUAUUGUCUUACUAGGGGUGAUUGGAGCAGAGUUUGGAGCAGAGAUUGAGCCUGCAAAACUACUGACCAGACCACGCAGUUCUAGUCAGAUUCCAGAGGGGUUUGGACUGACCAGCGGAGGCUCCAACUACUCCCUUGCCCGACACACCUGCAAAGCUUUGACCUUCUUACUGUUGCAGCCACCUAGCCCCAAGCUCCCCCCUCACAGCACCAUCCGCAGGACAGCUAUUGAUCUGAUUGGACGUGGCUUCACGGUGUGGGAGCCGUAUAUGGAUGUAUCGGCCGUGCUGAUGGGGCUUCUGGAACUUUGUGCUGAUGCAGAAAAGCAGCUUGCUAACAUCACAAUCGGGUUGCCCCUGAGCCCGGCAGCGGACUCGGCCCGCUCGGCACGACACGCUCUGUCGCUCAUUGCCACGGCCAGACCACCCGCCUUCAUAACAACGAUUGCUAAGGAGGUCCACAGGCACACGGCUCUGGCUGCAAACACGCAAUCUCAGCAAAAUAUCCACACCACUGCUCUGGCCCGAGCGAAGGCAGAGAUUCUGAGGGUUAUAGAAAUCCUGGUCGAGAAAAUGCCAUCGGAUGUCGUGGAUCUCUUGGUGGAGGUGAUGGACAUUAUUAUGUACUGCUUGGAAGGAUCUUUGUUGAAGAAAAAAGGACUACAGGACUGCUUCCCUUCCAUUUGCCGGUUCUACAUGGUCGGUUACUGUGAGCGGAGCCAUAGAAUAGCAGUAGGUGGCCGUCAUGGCUCAGUGGCCUUGUAUGACAUACGGACUGGAAAAUGUCAGAAUAUCCAUGGUCACAAAGGACCAAUUACAGCAGUUUCGUUUGCCCCCGACGGACGUUAUCUUGCCACUUACUCCAACAAAGACAGCCAUAUCUCCUUCUGGCAGAUGAACACAUCCUUACUGGGAAGUAUCGGAAUGCUGAACUCAGCGCCUCAACUGCGGUGUAUUAAAACAUACCAGGUGCCACCCGUCCAGCCAGCCUCCCCUGGAUCCCUCAACGCCUUGAAGCUGGCCAGACUCAUCUGGACCUCCAACCGCAAUGUUAUCUUAAUGGCCCAUGAUGGGAAGGAGCACAGAUUUAUGGUGUAGGCUCCUUGUUCACCUCCUGCUCACCUACUGCCCCCCUCCAGUAUCUCUAUAGCAUGAACAUAUAGAUGUCGUCAUAUCAGUCACAGGGGUAAACGUUGCUGUUUUGGUGCUGCAUGAUUUCCCCUGGUAAAUGCUGCUUGUGUCAGCACUAAAGCCACAGAGAAGAAACCUUUUCCUGUAUAUAAUUUCAUGUUCCGAUGUGAAUCCCAUUUUCUCGCUUUCUUAGUGAUAAAGGCUUAUAACUGAUGUCAGUGUGGACAACAAUUUUGUGUGCAGAGCAACCAAUCAGAUUUCAUAAUGCCGAAGUCAGAUCACGUAAAGAAGAUAAAUUCUUACUAGCUGCUGUUGCUUUUUGCCUUAUUUAAGGUAGCCAUCGUGUGGGCAAAUCAUUAUGCCAUUGUGUGUGUGCACCAACUGUUAGUUUACAGGAAUGUGGUGAUGUCCCCAGAUGUGAACUGAGAAGCUACUUCUCUACCAAUGUUCCUGCCUGCACAGAACAGCCACCUUUACUUUGGCAAAGUGAAUUCCAUGCAAACUUCUAAAUACGUAGUUGAAGUAUACUAUAGUUUGAGGGUCAUCAGCAAAAUUAGGAUUCCUUUAUAAAAGUCCAUAUCUGCAACCAGGUGUGUUCCUGGGGCCACCACGAUAAACACAAAGAGAGGGGUUGCAGCACAGAGGUCUAUAUUUGACAAUUGAGUCAAUGACAUAAAGUAGGUUAUCAGCUUCCGGGGUUUUUUGUCAAAGCUUGAACAAGCUAAAGUUAGAAGCACAUCUACACUAGAUUCUGAGUACACCAAUUUUAGUAAAUCUCCCCUAUAAUGUAAAAAAACUAGAAAUUACAUCAGAUACCACAUAAUCAUUGGGUAUAACAAAAAUACAUAGUAACAUCAUAAAUCAAGCACAGGUGUAACUGCUGAUCUAGACCCUGGAUCAGCCAAGUGUUUCAAAGGCCUCCUUUACACCAUGUGCAGAGACAUGCAUUUUUCUGCAUUUUUCUUUGCACAAGCACAAAGAAAACAAUUGUUUUCUAUAUGCCCUGUUCACACAACACAGGGGUUAUGUGCCUAUUUUUUUUCUGUGUAAAAAUAUGCAACAGGUAGGCAUUUUUCUUGCACACAAAAAAAAAAGCUCACAUGACAACAACAUUGUGGUGUGGCCAGGGCAACAAUUGUUUUCUUUGUGUCCUUGCAGAAAUCUAUGAAAAACACACGCCACAUGGCAUGAACAAGCCCAAAAUAUUCUAUGCAAGUCAAAUCUAUACGUUUUUUCCAUCAGUCCUUAUGCACAUAUGGUGCGAACAAGGCCUUAAUUUAAGAGGAAUCUGCAACACAGAACAAAUAUAAUAUGAAGAGGUUAGUAUGAAUCAAAAAUCUGAUUCUAACCUUGUGGUGACAACGUAUUCAGUUCAAAGAUCCAAUAUACCACUUUGUGUUUCAGAGCGAUGAUAGGGUCACCACCCUGUUUGAAUUUCGGGACCUGAUCUGUUAUCAUUGAAUCUGAGAAUAGUGUCCCUGUGUCCAGAUUCAAGAAAGUUUCUAAAUACAGGGAGCUCUGUCUGUCUAAACCAGCCUUUCUUAAUCGAGUUUCCUCCUGAGGUGGCUAGGGGUUACUUGAGCAAUGAGCAGUUUAUAUCUCACAGAAAAUGAAUCACUGCCAAGCAUGAUCUUUAAAGUUAAUUGUAAGGGGGGAUUCUUCCCAAUGACCACAAACGAAGAGGCUUUCUUCCAAAUGACUAUGACACUAAUGUGCUGUAGAUAUAGUAAGUGUAGGGGUUCCCUGAGACCAAAUGGUUAUUUCAAGGGUUCCUCCUCUUUAAAAUAGUGGAGAAUGGCUUGCCUAGACUUAGAAUAUGUGUAUUGUGACACUUGACCCAGGAAUCGCAUGACUUUCACUCAAGAGUUACAUGAAAUAAAUCUGUGACUCCUGGGUAAAAACUGACCUCAUAGUCUUUACUGUUUUAGUUAUCAAAGGAUUUGUGAUCCUGUACAGCCAAUCUUGUAAUGUGCACACAUUGAGCAGCCAGACUGGAAACACGUGUAAACUCUCUUCUCAUUGCAGCCCCAGCUCCUUAUUCACAUAAAUAGCAGGCUGAAUCGCAUUUUCUGGUAUGAUCCAAUUCCCCACAGAUCAGAUACUCCAACACGGCCUUACUCCUUAACUCAGCUCCAAAUAACAUGAAGGAGAAAAAAGGGGGGGCUCCAUAGUGCAGUAGGUUGAUAGAAACUGAUUUAUUAAACAUAAAAUACACUUAUAAAGUAACAGUAAAACAUCAGCGUUGUAAAAAAACAGCCUUCCGGUCUCGGCCGUGACCCGGAUGUGACGUCACCACGGCUUCCAAUUCUUUCACACGUAUCGUGAGAAAGUGACAUAGUCUGUCAUGAUACUAGCUACAGGAGCUCUUUUAUCGGAUUUAAAAAAAAAUAGGCCAGAAUUCUUUCCAAUAUCUGCUACAGUGUUCUAAUGUGAAUCUAGCCUAAUACAUGCUGAGCGUUGAGCCCCGGUACAUGAGUAUCUGGCGUUCAAGUGCUGGAUGGCGCACCAAGUGUUACUAACGUUUAGGGCAGUAUGUGCCAUGGGAUCAUACCCAGAAGACGAGCAGGACUGGGUGCAUACUGCCCUAUGAGUUAGUGCCACUUUGUUCACCACCCAGUCGUAGCAGUUUUCUUUGAAUUUACAGGUUGCCAGCAGCAGGGCUGGACAGUAUGCCUGCAUCUUCAUCCUGAACCUAGAUGCCAGAGUCUCAUGCAUCAGGGCUAAACACUCAGUGUGGAUGAGGCUGUAGACAUUUUCAACACAGAGAAACCCUCAUGAUACAUUAGUGCAGUAUUUCUUCACUCCAGUCAUCAAGUUGCCCCAACAGGUCAUCUUUUCAAGCUUUCCAUUAUUUUGCACAGGUUAUCUGAUCAGUUUCACUGCCUUAGUAAUUACCACAGCCGUUUCAUCUGAGGGAAUUCCUGAAAACCUGACCUGUUGGGGCGCCUUAAAGACUGGAGUUGAGGAACGCUGCAUUAGUGUGAUAGUCAGUGGAAUGAAUUGUAUUACACUUGUGGUCAUUGGGAAGAGUUCCCACCCUACAUAUAGCAUAAAAAGAUCAAUGGUUUACGUGGAGCCUAAAAGGCAGAAAUUGGUCAAGGAACCCCUAGCAUCCUUUUGAGGAACCCUAGGGUUCCAUGGAACCCCGAUUGAGAAACCCUACUGUAGACCUUUUCAUAGAGUCCAUUCAAAGCUUAAAUAUUGGACCUGGCAUGUGGGCUGAAAUGGGAGCACAACACCGUGUUCUUAGAAGUCAUCUUCCAACCAUUGUGGAAAUAACCAGUUUUGGGUGAGCUGACCAUUUUGUCUUUUUGUAAUAACUUGCUUCAAAAAAUAUGUAAAGCCUAUCACUGAAAAUCAUGUCUUUAUUGUUACAUUCCAUACGAAGCUAGGUACUUCACGCACAUUGAAGUGAUUUUUAUUCUUAAAUUACUGUUUACAUGUAGAGCCCUUCUUGUAUCGUAUUUACGGGGACAAUCCUGCUAUGAAGCUUCUGUCCUACUGAGUGUUUUAAGUGAACUUUUUCAUGUAUUUUAUGUUGUGUUUCUCCUACUUUCUGUAAGUUUAAGUUGCCGUGUGUAAAGUGUGGUUUCCUGCUGAGUAUUCAGGACUUCUAUUAAUUUAACAGGAUAUAAUGUAAAAUGAAAAUUAUAAAUAAAUGACAAAAUAAAUGUAAUUGGCAAAUGGUUUA